AUGGUUGAUUCUUCGGAAAACACAAAAAAUGUUGAUAUGAUUGAAAGAGAAACUCCCCAGUUAUUGGCAGUGUUGAAGGAAAUGAAAGAUGGGUUAGAAACAGUUACUUGCAAAAUUCAAGUUCUAACAGCAAAGGUGAAGGAUAAUCUUUUUCCAACUUCUGAUGGCUUGAGCUACCUUGAGGCCAAACAAUUGCUGCUGCUGAAUUAUUGCCAGUCACUUGUAUAUUAUUUGCUUUGCAAGGCGAAAGGAUUUUCAAUAGAGAGCCAUCCUGUUGUCCUAAGCCUUGUGGAAACUAGACUCUUUUUGGAGAAGAUAAGACCCAUUGAAAAGAAGCUUCAGUACCAAACCGAUAAGCUAAUGAGAGUUUCAGAAAAAUCAACGGAUAGUGCUGGUGUAAAUGCUACUGUUGAAGACCCAUCUAAGAAGGAAGAUGAUUUGCUCAAAUACCGACCUAAUCCAGAUAUGCUUAUCAGCAAAACCGAAUCAGUUCUUGAGGAUGAGGCUUCUGCUGGUGUGUAUAGACCUCCAAAGUUUGCUCCCACUUCAAUGGAGGAAGAUAAGAUGUCGAAGCAAGAAAGAAACGCAGCAAGAUUGGAGAAACAGACGUUGCGACAAGCUUCACAAAACUCCUAUGUCAGAGAUUUGAUGCAUGAUCUUGAAGGAAAGCCAGAGGAGGUAAGAGAAGAAAUUGGAGUUGAAAGUAUGGAGCUUACUAAUUAUCGAGCUAAAAUGGAAGACCGUGCAAGGAGAGAAGAGGAACUUUUCACUCGUGCCCCUCUAACUAGGGUGGAGAAAACUAAAAUGAAGCAUAUGAAGAGAUCAAGAAAUGGGUUGCUUGGUCUGACGGAUAGUUUCUAUAAUGAAAUAAAGAGUUUACCAUUAGAGGAGGAGAAUAAGAGCAUUGACAACCAACCUGCCUUUGUUGCUGAAAAAACAAGGAAAAAGCAAAAGGUGAUUUGAUUUGAUUCGAUUCAAUACAGAGUGAAUCAUCUAUUUCUUUCUCUUGUCCCAUUUAUGUGUAUAAUUUGUUUUCAUUUACCCAGAGGCGCCACUGAAGGUCAGACUGGAAUCUAAAAAGGUUUUCAGAUAGAUGGAUGGAUAGCUCACUCAAAACCAGACCAAAUGCAGUCUUUGUUAAAAAGUAAGUCUUUUGUAGUCCCUGUUCUUCUGAAACAUGGGGAAAGAAGUGCUUUAAUGGUGUUUUAUUGGAUUAGCAAUACUUUCUGAUUUGACAGAAUUUUGAGUUUUAUUUGAUUGUGCUUCCAACUUGAUAAUGUUGUAUUCUUGAUGAAUACUUAUAGGUUUUAGUUUUCUUACCUCA